AGUCUUGAAAGAACCCUAGCUGAAGGACGAAAAGCUUCCAACGUUGAUAUUCAGAUGAUGUAUCAGUGCGUGUCCAGAUGCAGCUGUUUAGUGCAGCAACUCACAAAGAAGGAAGCGGACCCUUUCUAUAAGAAUUUGAUAUUUCGUUUAGAGGAAUCCUUGACGACUCAAACAAAUAUUCUACAAGCAAAAAUCGAACAGCUUAACGGUAAAAAGAUAUAUGUUACACAAGGUGAUCCUCAACAAAGGGUGCGGAGAAGCGCGAUAGAGGACACAAUUAUAGCCAAGGGAAGUGUCAGGUUCCAGGAUAUUGCGGGUCUGAUCGAUGCCAAAGAGGCUCUAAGAGAAGCCAUCAUAAUUCCCUUAUUGUUUCCUCACCUGUUUACAGGAAGCAUCAAACCCUGGAAGAGGAUUUUACUCUAUGGACCACCUGGCACGGGAAAGUCCCGCCUGGCCCAAGCCGUAUCCUCAGAGAUAAAGUCUACGUUUUACUGUGUGUCCAGUUCUGAUCUUGUGUCCAGCUGGGUUGGAGAAAGUGAGAAAUUGAUUAAAGAAUUAUUCCACCACGCAACUAAGCAGAGCGGGCGAUCUGUGAUCUUUAUUGAUGAAAUAGACAGCAUCUGCCGACAGCGGAGCUCUAGUGAGGAGGAAUACACGAGGCGGAUCAAGACUGAACUAUUGAAACAGAUGGAAGGGGCGGAUAACGCCCACGCCUCUGACAAAAUCUUUCUUCUGUGUGCCACCAACUGUCCUUGGGAGUUGGACUCCGCCUUCCUCAGGAGAUUCCAGAAAAGAAUAUUCAUACCACUCCCUGACAAACAGGCUAGAAUUCAGUUAGUGAAAAUUCAUACCAAAGACAACAAGGUGGUGAUGUGUGACGAUGACUGGUCAGUACUAGGUGAUCAGACACAGGGGUACUCCGGCAGUGACCUCGCUAACCUGACGUUAGAAUCACUUUUCUGUCCAAUCAGAGAACUACAGAAUUCAAAACGGUGGAAACAGAAAGAUGACUGGUUUGUUCCAUGUAAGGAGGGGGAAGAGGCCGAUGUUAAGGCGUCCAUUGUUGACUUACCACCUCAAAAGGUGUGUCCACGUGAAGUUACAGUCGAUGAUUUUCUGUCAGCAUUGAAAACGCACAGAAAAACUGUUACACAAGAGGAAAUUCAAAAAUUCAAAAACUUCACGAAAUCCAUGGGUGAACAAGGUUAAGAAUUGAUACUGUUGCGAACUCCAUGUAUACACUUUCAAAACUUCAAAGUAUU